CUGACAAUGCUUCAACCUCUCCACUCUUUUCUAACUACUUCAUUCUUCCUUCCGUUCCCAUCAACUCACUCUGUUCUGCACCAGGCUUCACACUCAAACUAGUUCACCACAGUUCAGCUUCCUCUUCCGUCUGUUAAGGUACAGAAAACAUUCUCUCUCUCUUUUUAUGUUAACAGAUUGUGUACUUUGUUUUCCUUUUCUUGCUUGUUUGUGUCUUUCAACCGUCUUCCUUUUCUCACUCUGUCCCCUCCACCUUCCCUCUCUCUCCCUUUAUCGCUGAGUAGGUUGGUCUAUCUGUAUAUCUGUGUUCUAUUUCUGACUGUGAUUACUGGAGUGACAGUGAAGGUUCUAGAAUCCCUGAUAAGACCAUAUGAAGUUUUCAUUUCAUAUUUACUGAGACAGGUACUGACUUGGUGAAUAAUAAUAUAGUUGUAACUCUGCUGCCUGCAACACAGAGCGUGACCAGACAAGAGGUUAGUUUGAAUCUCCUGCAUUACCCUUAUCUUUGAUAUUUGCAUCAUGAUCCCACAAACAAAGUUUUCCAUUUACGCCAUGAAAAGAUUUCACCUGUGCAGGAAUAGGCCCUGUGUAUGUUUGUAGUAAGAUUUCUGUAGUAAAACAAAAAACAUUUCCAGGCUGUUGCAGAGAUUCAGUAUGAGGAAGUGGACAUUUUUAAGAACCUGCCAGACUAGUUCCUCUCAGAUAAACACACGAGUAUUCUGCAGUGCUCCCAGAAGAGAGAGAGUUUUUAUGAAGCUCAAACGAGUAGUGUUUAAAUAUGAGAUGUACAAUUUCCUGUCCCUCUUGUUUCUCUCCCUCUAUUCCAGAAAGUACCUCUCUACCUAUACUUCAACAGGGUCAGUCUCACUGAAACUUAAAAUCUGUUCUACAAGAAAAACCUGGUCAAAAUAGCAGCACACACAGUUGGCCUCCUGCCUAUGACCAAGAGAUCAUGACCAAGCACAACCAUCUCCAUCAGUGAUGCGUGUGUCAGCACGGAGGGUGUUAACAGGGCUCCUUAUCCUGGGUGGAAUCUCCACCCUGACCCAGUUCCUGCGUUUCUGUCUACCCUGCCGGCAGCCAUCCCAGGGUGCGGGCGAACCUGUGACCGUGCUGGUCCGGGACGGGUGGAGGGUCAGUUCUGACAUUCCCCUGGUGUUUGUGGGAGGGGUGCCUCGUUCCGGGACCACCCUGAUGAGGGCCAUGCUGGACGCCCACCCUGCGGUGCGGUGUGGGGAGGAAACGAGGGUCGUGCCCAGGAUACUGGGCCUUAAGCUGGGCUGGGCUGCUGAGAAGGAGGGGGUCAGCACCAAGGUCCUGGACCGAGCGGUCACUGCCUUCCUCCUUCAAAUCAUAGCAGGACACGGGGAGCCAGCACCUCUACUCUGCAAUAAAGAUCCCUUUACUUUGAAGAGCGCUAAGUACCUCGCUCACCUUUUUCCCAACUCUAAGUUUCUGUUGAUGCUGAGAGAUGGCCGAGCGGCGGUGUACUCUAUGAUUUCGCGUCGCGUGACGAUCGGUGGCUUUGACCUCUCCAGCUAUAGGGACUGCCUGGCCAAGUGGAGCCGAGCCACACAGGCCAUGCUGACACAGUGCACUCAGGUGGGCAGUAAGAGGUGCCUGGCUGUGAGGUAUGAGAGGCUGGUCCUCCACCCUCGUUCCACCCUGCAGACAGUGCUAAAGUUCCUGGGUCUGCCAUGGCACGAGGGGGUUCUGCACCAUGAAGAGGCUAUUGGAAAACCUGGAGGAGUGUCACUGUCAAAAACGGAACGGUCCACAGACCAGGUGAUGAGGCCAGUGAACUUAGACGCUCUGACUCGGUGGGUAGGUCACAUGCCUCGAGACGUAAUGGCAGACAUGGACGCUAUCGCCCCCAUGCUGGGGAGACUAGGCUACGACCCCAAAGCCAACCCACCUAACUACGGACAGCCUGACCCACAGUUCCUCAACAACACACAAAGGAUGUCCAUGAAAGGUUCACAGACAGAGAGGUGACAGGGUCAGCGCCUGGAACAACGGUCACCCCUGACCUAUUACCCCUGAUUAUCCUCUCAGGGAAGACAACAGCAUCAACCAAAACGGUGGUGGCUAAGCACCAAGCACAGUCAGAGGGCAUAACCAUGCAUGUGCUCUAGACCUCAUUGAUAGGAAGAAGUGAUGUCCAAUGGAGAAAAGUAUAUUAUAUCGGGUUUUUUUACAUUUCUAAAAUGUGUUUACUUACUUGAAUAGGUUCUCCCACUGCCUCCGUUUUUUGGGGUCCUUACAAAAACAAAAUAAUGGGCAAUCUUCACUAUAUUUUUGGUGAUAUCAAAGUGCUGCCAGGAGCCAUGUGGAUGAAUAGAGACAAGGGAAAAAAUAGGCUAUUUUAGAAUGCAAGAAUGAAUUACUUACACAAUGGUCUCUAACAUGUAGGCUCAGCUUUCCUGAACAAUCCAAUUACAAGUCAGAAUGUUGAAUAAACGUAUUUUUAUCAUA